AUGAGGUGGCCACGCGGGACAGUCGCGCUUCACCCCGCUGGUUUACUUGGGUGCAACUUUGUAUCAUCGGCGCGGCGCCUUUUGUACUGUUCCUCGGUUCCAUUCUCGCUUUACCGCAGCACGCAUGGAAGUAUGAAGUCGGUCGCUGCUCAACUAAAGUCCGAUUGGGUGUUUAUUCGCCGCAGACGAAUGGAAUCGCCCCCACCCGACCGAACAGAAGGUGAGCAGGCAGUCAGCGCGGAGGGUGAUGACUCCAACGACAAUAAUAAUGCAGCCAUGAAGUGUUUUGAUCAUUGGUCUAGCGAUAUGAAUGGGUGCACUGCCGAGGAGUUUCUGCAGGGCGCCAAGCAAUCGUACCGCAGCCUUGGCGUAUUGCUUGAAACCCUUAGGGAGGCUGCUUCGCACAAUGGACCGACUGGAAGGCCUGUCGCACGUGAGGUAGCACUUGCCAAACUACAGGGUUUACUGUUGAAAAACUAUAGUGUGAAGGAAGAUAUAGUGGGUGAGGCAGUUAUUUCUUCGGAGAAGGGAUCCGCAAAGGGCACAGAUGCUUUUCACAAAACAGUUAGCAAGGCACUGAAACAAGUAUUACCCCUCUCGCAGGGUCUCUCCGAGCAUCUCUCCGAAAUGUGGGAUAAACAGCGGACUUUAGAUUUCAAUAUUUUUGAUAUAGCCGCACCUGAUGAUUAUGUUAUCGACGCGGAUAUGAAACUUUUCAAUCCGUUUCUCGUGAAAUCCUCUGAUGAUUUGCUGGAAUACGCUGCAUGGAAAAAAAAUGGGGAGGAGUGUCCGAAACCCGUAUCGGUUGAUGCAACAACUGGAGGUGCCUGCUCCUCCCCUCCAUUGAAAUGUUCGUUCUCCUCUGGAAAGUUUGAUCCCGAGAAGGUGGGCGAGCGGGAAACGUGGAGCAUUGGGUGUUUACAACGAGUGCUCAAACCAGCCCCCAAACUCAUGCCGAUUGCAUUUGUUUCACUGGACGUGGUGAUGCCCCCACAACGUUACUGUGAAGCCUUCGACUGGUUUUACCAACGCACAUGCGGCUACUCAAGUGAGUACGAGCGUGUAGAGGCCGCAAGGUUGUACACCAGUCCGAGCUUCUUUUUGGGCAUAUUUCGUCAGUGUUUGUUUUUGGUGGACUUCGUUAAGCGAAUGUUUGUUGGUCGGCCGCUACAGUUGGACUGCACUCGACUGGUGCAGAAGCUGCAUGGCAAUUCUGUCGAUAUUAGACGCAGUCCCCCGGCUGUACGGAAGUUACUUUGCUUUUACAUGGAAGGGGACGGACGCUGGACGCUCUUUGACGUGUUUAUCCUUGAGCGCGUUUUGGUUCCGGUCUCCCCGACGGCUUCAAGCAAAUAA